AGCCAAGGCGCAGAGAGCAGUGCGAGACCAACCUAACCCAGAGACAGCUGUAGCGCACUCAGUGUAGUGUCACAGCUUACGGGUUCGUCCUUAUAGUUUUUUUUUAUUUGCAGACUUCUUAUCUCUUACCUUAUCUUCAGACAACAACAUCGUCAACAGCCACUUGAGAAGAGUACGAUUCUGAAAAAAAAAGUCUAAGGUUCAAACUCAGAGUGUAAUCGACCAUCGCUGUCACCCCUAUUUAGUAACAACAUCGUGGAGACCACCUUCGGGUUUCAUCCAGCAACAGGACCAUGAUUGCCAGGGCAAUGCGUGUGUUACACAUUAACAUCUGUGUCUUUUUGGUGGCCAUUUCUGUCAUCCAUGCCCAGCAGAGCGGUGGGUCUAUUAGGCCCAUUAUGCUAGGCGGUGGCGCCCGUGCUGCAGCUGACAUCACUCCUGUAAGUGCCAAGUCUGGGGCGUUUCUGGAUCAUGUAGAGGAAGGAAAGGAUGCCAACAGUAAAAUGUUCUUGGACUUGAUGAAGAAACAUUUUGAUUUGUCAAUGGAUUACCUCUUGACAAGCAAACAGUUUGCCAGCCAGUAUGUUGAGCGCCCAGGUCUUGCAAAGUACUUGAACGAAGCCAGUAGCCGUCAGUGGGAAGAAGGAAUGGACAUCCUCAAAAAGUUCUUGCAGCGUGGAGGAAGCAUCACUGAUGAAAACUUCAAGCCUGCCUUCAAAGUUCAAGGAAAUCCUGAACUGACUGGGCCAGAAACUGAAGGCUACAUCCAGACAAUGAAAUCUAUGCUGGAUGACUCCAAAGUACUGGCCAAGGAUAUGAAUCAGUUGCACCACAUGGGAGGAAAAAUCCUUGACAAAGGUGGUGAUGCUGAGAUUGCUCAUUACUUUGAUGACAAGCUUGAGAAGGAAGCAGAAAUAUCCCGAGAGCUGGCAGGUCAUAUCAAUACCCUUCAGAAGAUGAGCACCUUGGGUGUUGCCAUGCAUAUCUUUGACUCUGAUCUGUAAAUUUUGAUCUAUCACCUUUGUCAUAAGCAAAAGACCAGGAGUGACAUGAGUUGUUAAGUAUGUUUAUUUACAUUGCAUACACAUCAUAGAGAUUUGUUCCUUAGCAUUUAACUUCAUACCAGAAAUUUAGCUUAUUUUUUUUUGCAAUGAAAGAACUGAGGUUAUGUAGUACAAAGUAACAGAAGAAACUUGAAGAUUUAACUCUUUUUGACUAAUUGUAAUGUGAAUGUAAGAACGACAAAAAUGUUUGUUGAUCACUGCUUGUUCAUUAAAACCUGAGGCUAUGACAGAAAUAUGGUGAAAUACAUGAAUAAUUAUUGAUUAGUCAGUAUUAAAGUAAAAGAAUGUAGGAUUUGACUAGUUUUAGCAUCACUAAACUUGGUGAAAUGUUGGAUAUUAAAAUCACUUGUAUGUAACAGGUUUUUUAAUAUAUUUUUUCAGCACUUA